ACGAAGCUUCUAGGAACUUCUUUGGCGCGGAGCAUUGUGGGCUAUCUGGGCGGCCGGAACACGGAGAACGGAGUAGCGAGCCCCUGAAGAAGUUGCCAAAAUGAUGCCCACACCAGUUAUACUGUUGAAAGAGGGAACUGACAGCUCCCAAGGCAUCCCUCAGCUUGUGAGUAACAUCAGUGCCUGCCAGGUGGUUGCCGAGGCUGUAAGAACCACUCUAGGUCCCCGUGGCAUGGACAAGCUUAUUGUAGAUGGCCGAGGCAAAGCAACAAUUUCUAAUGAUGGGGCCACAAUUUUGAAACUUCUCGAUGUCGUCCAUCCUGCAGCAAAGACUUUAGUGGACAUCGCCAAAUCUCAAGAUGCUGAGGCAAUUAACAAGAUCAAGGAGAUCGCUGUAACUGUGAAGAAGCAAGAUAAAGUGGAGCAGAGGAAGCUGCUGGAGAAGUGUGCCAUGACAGCUCUGAGCUCCAAGCUGAUCUCCCAGCAGAAAGCCUUCUUUGCUAAGAUGGUGGUUGAUGCUGUCAUGAUGCUUGAUGAUUUGCUGCAGCUUAAAAUGAUUGGAAUCAAGAAGGUACAGGGUGGAGCCCUAGAGGAGUCUCGGCUGGUGGCUGGUGUUGCAUUCAAGAAGACUUUCUCUUACGCUGGAUUUGAAAUGCAACCUAAAAAGUACAAUAACCCCACGAUUGCCUUGUUAAAUGUUGAACUUGAGCUGAAAGCUGAAAAAGACAAUGCUGAAAUCAGAGUCCACACAGUAGAGGAUUAUCAGGCAAUUGUUGAUGCUGAGUGGAACAUUCUGUAUGACAAGUUAGAGAAGAUCUAUAAUUCCGGAGCCAAAGUUGUUUUGUCCAAACUCCCAAUUGGGGAUGUGGCCACCCAGUACUUCGCUGAUAGGGACAUGUUCUGCGCCGGCCGUGUGCCUGAGGAGGAUUUGAAGAGGACAAUGAUGGCCUGUGGAGGCUCAAUCCAGACCAGCGUGAAUGCUCUAUCAGCAGAUGUGCUGGGCCGCUGCCAGCUGUUCGAAGAGACCCAGAUUGGAGGUGAAAGGUACAAUUUCUUCACUGGCUGCCCCAAGGCUAAGACUUGCACCUUCAUCCUCCAUGGCGGAGCUGAGCAGUUCAUGGAGGAGACAGAGCGGUCUCUGCAUGACGCCAUCAUGAUUGUCAGGAGGGCCAUCAAGGUACUAGGCUGA